AUGAAUGAAGACCCUCUUCUCCAUCAACCACGGCGGCACGACAUCUCAACCUUUGCUCUUCCUUCUACAAAAGCUCUGUCGUGCUUCAUUCCAGACUCAUCUCCGUUUCCCCUCGCCUCGGAUCCAACAUAUCCAUUCAAACUCCGAUACCGAAAUAUCAUUCUCCUUAAAGCUUUAACGGCGACGUUUCUUCUUCUCCAUCUUCUGCGCUUGAUUCACGCUGUCGAUGAGAAGAGAAUUCCCAAGUUAAAUCCAGUUGUUGAUGCAGCGUUGAUAGUGAAGAUUGAAGAUGUUGUUGCAAAUGGUGAAAAUGAAGCAGAGAAUCCAAAGAGUGCCGAGGAGAAUGGACCGUUUAGAUGUUUGGAUAUGGGACUUACUUCACGAAAACUUAAUGCAGCAACCCUGGAUCUGUUAAAGUUCUGA